GCACUCUCCCUGCCAGCCGGCUGAACCACCAAACUCCAAGGUCCACCUCAGUUAGCAGUGUGUUCCGGGCACAGCGCGGCCACACUUGUUCCACUGGUGUUCCGAGAGCAAUAACUACCUCUCCUACAACAUGGGUGAUUGGGGCUUUCUAUCCUCCCUGCUGGACAAGGUCCAGUCCCACUCCACGGUUAUCGGGAAGAUCUGGAUGAGCGUGCUGUUCCUGUUCCGGAUCAUGGUGCUGGGGGCCGGGGCGGAGAGCGUCUGGGGCGAUGAGCAGUCGGGCUUCCUCUGCAACACUCAGCAGCCCGGCUGCGAGAACGUGUGCUACGACUGGACCUUCCCCAUCUCACACAUCCGCUUCUGGGUGCUGCAGAUCAUCUUUGUGUCGACACCAACGCUCAUCUACCUGGGCCAUGUCAUGCAUGUCACCCACAAGGAGAACAAGAUGAGGGAGAAUCUGGCCAGCCCCGGGUGCGCCAGCACGCAGAAGCACCCCAAGUACACCAACGAGAAGGGCAAGGUGAAGAUCAAGGGCAACCUCCUGGGGAGCUACCUAGCCCAGCUGGGCGCCAAGAUCAUCAUCGAGGCCGCCUUCAUCGUGGGCCAGUACUAUCUGUACGGCUUCAUCAUGGUCCCCAUGUUCCCCUGCUCCAAGAAACCCUGUCCCUUCACCGUGGAGUGCUACAUGUCCCGGCCCACCGAGAAGACCAUCUUCAUCAUCUUCAUGCUGGUGGUGGCCUGCGUGUCCCUGCUGCUCAACGUUCUGGAGGUCUUCUACCUGCUGGUGAGCAGGAGCAGAUGUUCCCCCAGGAAGCGCUCGCACAUGAUCACGUCCGCUCGGCACCCGGCACAGCUCUCAGGCCCCAUGUGGCCAACGGCAGAAGACGCCCGGCAGGCCAACAAGAUGAACAUGGACUUUGAGAGCGGCCAGAGUACUGCUGGGAGCCUAAACGGGGCCAAGGAGGAGAAGAAGCUUCUGAGUGGUCACUAGAUCACCAUGCAGCAUUUGUUGGUUCAAUUGUAUUUAUUUAGUGCAAAUCUUGAAGGUCGAAGUGGCCUUCUCUUGCUCACAACAAAGUCAGAAUGUAACGUGUUUUCAAGUAAUAAAAUACGAAAUGCUCAAGAACACUUUGGUAAAAUGUUGCAUUGUGGUUUUGGACGGUGUUGAGAUGGUGCGACAUGUGCUGUUUGGCUAGGUUUUUAUUCAUGUAUUUUCCACUGGUGCAUAAUGGGGAUUUUAAUGAUACUAUAUAUGUACAGUAUCUGUAUAUGUAUAUAUAUAUAGCUUAGGUAUGGUAUAAAUAAUAUUUUAAUUAACCCGAUGUUUAUGUGAUGGAACCUUUCAGUUGAGAUGUUACACAUUUAUUUUCUUAUAAGGAAUUCUUUAAUUUGUUUUCUUUAUGGAACAUUUAAUAAUGAUAGCUAACUCUUUGUAUUGUCAAAUCCCGAUAUGUCUUUAAAUGAAUAAAGUUUCAUUGGG